UGACAAUGACGCUAUCUUACAGAUAUCGUUCGUCGUUGACCGUUAUCGAUUCGUUGUUGUAGACACUUGUAGUCGUUAUCUACUUGUCAUUUUGUAUUUUUGUUAAAAAGAAGCAUGAUUUAAGAUAGUUAAAUCUUAAAUCGUGGUAAGUAGUGUGUGUUUGAUGUUUGUAGAGGUAGUAGUUACUUUUUACUAGUAUGAUCUGUCACUGGAAGUUCUAAACUCUAAAGUACAUAUUCGAAAGUUUUAAUUUUGAGUUCAGUUUUAGAUUAUUUAUUUCUAAUUUUUUUUUGUCAAAAAUGGGUGUACUUCCACAUUAUUAUGUCCGCUGCUGUAAAGCCUUAAGUAAACACCCGAAUUUUACUAAGAUUAUCCACCGUUCAUUUUACAAGAAUUUUGUAAAAGACGAUGAUACAUUUCUCAAUCGUUUAAAAAACGUUUAUAAAUCUAAAGUCUUACCUCUUGAAAAACAAUAUUUGUUUCAUGAGUUUCAUUUGCCACCAUUAACUGAUCAAGAUUUUGAUGCAAAACCCAUGGUACUAUUUGUUGGUCAAUAUUCUACUGGAAAAACUUCAAUGAUAAGAUAUCUAAUUGAAAAAGAUUAUCCCGGUAUUCGUAUAGGCCCAGAACCAACAACAGAUAAAUUUAUGGUGAUCAUGGGUGGUGAUAAUGAACAAUCUAUACCUGGUAAUGCUCUUGUUGCUGACCCAACUAAAAAUUUUGGUGACUUGUCACGAUUUGGAAAUAAGUUUUUAAAAAAACUUAAUUGUGGAAUUGUGAAUACUCCGCUAUUGAAAUCCAUUACUUUUGUUGAUACACCUGGUAUAUUAUCGGGAGAAAAACAAAGAGCUCAACGAGAUUACAAUUUUAAUCAAGCUUUAAAUUGGUUUGCUGAGCGGUCAGAUAUGAUAGUAUUGACUUUUGAUGCUAAUAAAUUGGAUAUCUCAGAUGAAUUGAAAGAAGCUAUUGAUGUAUUGAAAAAUCAUGACAGUAAAUUAAGAAUUAUUUUAAAUAAAGCAGAUACAAUUGAUUCAAGAUCAGUGCUAAGAGUUCAUGGCGCACUCAUGUGGGCUCUUGGAAAAACAAUAGAUUGUCCAGAAGUUCCAAGAGUGUAUGUUGGUUCAUUUUGGGAUCAGCCUUAUAGAAACGAUGUUAAUCGGAUUAUGUUUAAUGAUGAAGAAAAUGACUUAUUUCAAGAUAUGAAAUCUCUUCCACAUAAUUCAUUCAUAUCUAAAUUGAACCAUAUUGGAAAGAGAGCAAACACAGCAAUUGUACAUGCAUAUAUCAUGAGUGAACUCAAGUCGCGUGUACCACUAUUAUCAAGAAUUAUAAAUAAAAGUCAUUGUCAAAAUGAGCUAAUAAAUAAUUUGGAAAAUGUGUUUGCUGAAAUCCAGGAUAAAUACAAAAACCUUAGUGAAGGAGAUUUUCCAGAUGUUAAAAAUAUGAAGGCAAUAUUAAAAGGAAAAGAUUUUUCUUCUUUCAAAUCUUUAGAUCAAAAAUUAAUCAAUCGCGCAACAAAUUUAAUGGAUGGAUUCAAUAUAGAAAUGACAAUGAAUGAAGUAGACGUACAAAGUAAUGUAAUACCAUGUCAAAAUGACGUUUCAACUCCGUUUUAUGCAAAAACUAAAGGAAUUGAUGAAGGCAAAUAUGAUCAAAGAUGGAUUGUUGAAUAUUACAGGGAACCAUUUGACAAUAUUUUUAAUAAUUUAGUAAAGAAUGACGGAAAAGUAGUUCGCACUGCUGCUAAAGAAGAAUUUUUAAAGUCGAAAUUACCUAAUUCAGUAUUAUCCAAGAUAUGGAAAUUAGCUGACCAGGAUGAAGAUGGUCUUUUAGAUUCUGAUGAAUUUGCCUUAGCUAUGUAUUUAAUCAAGAUCAAAUUAGAAGGCUCCGAAUUGCCUGAUUCUUUACCAAAACAUUUGGUGCCUCCAUCAAAAAGCAAUAAUGCAAAUAAUAUUGUUUCUUAAAGAUUAAGAUCUUGAAUAGGGCUACUGGAUAAAAAUUUGAAUAACUUCACCUCUGUGAUAUUUUUUACUAUAAUACAUUAUUUUAAUACUGCUGGAAACUUUUAUAUGUUAUUACUUAUGUAUCAUGUAAUUAAUAUUUAAAUUAUGUGUUAUUGAUUUAUAAUGUGGAAAACAAUGUUACCAAAUUACAGGAAUUAAGUAAAAUAGUAUUUGAAUAUGAUAAAAUAAUUAUAAAAUGUUAUUUUAUUUUUAACUGUUUAUACGUUACUACAUGGUAGUAUUACACUGUACAAUUUAUAUAUUUUUUUAUUAUAAUUGUUUAAAACAAGUAAAAUAAAACACAGGUGUUAUAAUGUUUUUUUUUUAAUUUUUAUAUUUCUUAGAGCAUAAGUGAUUUAGUUUAUGUCUGAUGUAAAAUAUAAAAAUAAUAAGUCAUCUUAAGUUAUCACUUAGAACAAAUAAGAUAGCACAUUGUAAUAUACUAAACUUAGGGAUAACUUUUUUCCAUUUCCAUCCCCUUUAUGAAAGAAAUUUAAAAUUGAUGAGAAAAUAUAGGUAUUAUAUUUAUAUUUAUAUUUUCUUAAAUGUUGUAAGACUAAACUAAGAUCAAAAUAAAUGGUGAUGUAAUUAUAUCGUUUGAAAUAUUGAUUAUAAAUUAUAAUUAAUGAAAAAUGACCUAUAUUAACCAUAUUAUGAUUUCAGUUCAUUUUUACAAAUCUGGCAAAUUGUUACAGAAUUUUUAAUUAUCUUUCUAUACUUCUACUAUGUGUAAAAAUAUAUUUUAAUUAAUAA